UAGGAGGAAGAGUUGCUACCUUUCGCAAAGGGAACUAUGUUGCUGAUCUGGGAGCAAUGGUGGUCACAGGACUUGGAGGAAAUCCCAUGGCUGUGGUCAGCAAACAAGUGAAUAUGGAAUUGGCGAAGAUAAAACAAAAAUGCCCACUUUAUGAAGCAAAUGGACAAGCUGUUCCAAAAGAGAAAGAUGAAAUGGUGGAGCAAGAAUUCAAUCGUCUGCUGGAAGCCACGUCUUAUCUCAGUCAUCAGCUGGAUUUCAAUGUUCUCAAUAAUAAGCCUGUCUCCCUAGGUCAGGCUCUGGAGGUUGUCAUACAAUUGCAGGAGAAGCAUGUGAAGGAUGAGCAGAUUGAACACUGGAAAAAAAUUGUGAAAACACAGGAGGAAUUGAAAGAUCUUCUUAACAAGGUCAGAUGAUGACAUUUAGAACAAGAGAAUAU